GCCACUGUGCGGCAGUCAGUGCGGCGAUGUCGACAGCGAACGACGGUUCGGCGGUACGGUUCGACCGAUGGUGGUGGUGCUGGCGAAGAAAAAGGCGGAGUAUUACGACCCGCGGCCCUACAAUGCCGACGACGAUCCAUCCGAGGUCAAUCAUCCUUCUGAGCGUGCUAGCGUUGAUCUCAAUCCUGGGUCACGUUGAUGCCGCCACAAGGACGAAAGCCGAGGAGUCGACCUCGUCCCGCGGCUCAACCGGCAAGCAAGAGGCCGAGCCGGUGAUCGAGGAAGUCACUGCCAAGCAACUCGAACGGCUCCUCAACGAAAAGGACUUUGUUGCCGUGUAUUGGUAUGCCCGAAGUUGCACCACUUGCGACAAGGUUCUGGCCGAAUUGGAGAAAAUCGACGACGAUACAGACCAUUUUGGAGUCGACUUUGUCAAGAUCAACGAUAAACGACUGGCGAAGCAAUAUGGUAUUAGAAACUUCCCGGCUCUUACAUAUUUCCGUGAAAAAGAACCAAUUAUAUACGAUGGUGACUUGAUGGACGAGGAGAAUGUAUUGGAUUUUCUUACGAGUUUAGAAGCAAUGGAUUUACCAGAUCGUAUCGAAGAAGUUAAUGCAAAAAUUCUGUCGAAGAUUGUCGAAGAAACAGAUUUCGUGGCGGUACUUUUCUGUCCAGACACGCAGCGGUGUGCAGGCACCAAUUCUAACAAGCCAGACUGCAAAAAGUGUUUUAAGGCCCUGCAAGAAUUGGAAAACAUCGACGAUGAAGCCGAUCAAUUAGGUAUCGGCUUUGUAAAGAUUGCAGACGAAGAGUUGGCGGAUGAAUAUAAUCUCGGUCCUCUCCCAGUUCUUGUCUAUUAUAGGCAUCAAAUUCCGAUCAUUUACGAACAUGAGUUAAGCAGAGAAGAAGAUGUGUUGGAAUGGUUAGUGGCGAACAAGAGCACAGGAGACGAAGAAGAUGUCAUCGAAGAUGUUACUUCCAAGACGUUGAAUACAUUAAUUGGAAAUAUUGAUAAUUUAGUUGUUCUGUUCUACGAUCAUGGUGACGAAGAAUCUAUGCGAGUCCUAAAUGAGUUAGAAAAAAUUGACGAUGACUGCGACAAGCAUGGUAUUCAAUUCGUGAAGAUCGAUGACGAGAAAGCGGCGGGAGAAUUCGGAAUCGACGAUUUACCUGCGAUUGUCUAUUUUGAAAAACAGAUCCCGAAUGUUUACGACGGGGAUGUAGAAGAUGAAGACGAAAUUUUGGAGUGGUUAUUGUCUCAACUCGAGAAGGACGAGAUCGAAGACGUUACUGAUGAAAUGCUGGAUCGUCUUAUAAAAGAUGGAAAGACCUUGGCUGUGUUAUUCUACGACAAUAACGAUCGGAAGUCUCAGAAAGUUCUCAAUGAAUUGGAGAACAUUGACGAUGAGUGCGAUCAGUUUGGCGUGACAUUUGUGAAGAUUGACAACGCAGAAGAAGCUAAGGAAUAUGGUAUUCAAAAAGUACCUACGAUGCUCUACUUCGAGAAGGGCAUUCCGAUGCUAUACGAGGGCAACUUAGAGGACGAAGAGAAGGUUCUCAAAUGGUUAGAGCAGCAACAAAAGACUGAUCAAAUAGAAGACGUUACCGAUGAAAUGCUCGACAUGGUUAUAGAGAAGAUGCCGCACGUUGCCGUUCUUUUUUAUGACAAAGAUCAAAAGAAAAGUCAGAAGGUAGUGAGCGAAUUGGAGAACAUUGAUGAUGACUGUGAUCAACAUAACAUAGCCUUUGUGAAGAUCAGCGACUUGGAUGAGGCAAAGGAAUAUGGCAUAGACACGCUUCCUACUUUGGUGCUCUUUGAACGAAGGAUACCACACAUUUACGAUGGCGAUCUCAUGAACGAGGAUCAGAUACUGGGCUGGUUGCUGCAUCAGAAAAAACACACCGAGAUCCCGGAAGUAACGGACGAAAUGGUCGAAAAGCUCAUAGAGACUUCGCCGUACAUAGCAGUCCUGUUUUACGACAAGGACGAUAAGCAGGAUAUGCGGAUUUUAAACGAAUUGGAAAACAUAGACGACGAGCUGGAGAAGGAGGGAAUCGUUAUUGUCCGCAUAGACAAUGACGCCGAGGCCAAGGAAUACGGUAUCGAUCAUCUCCCGACUUUGGUGUACUUCGAAGAUAAAAUUCCGGCGAUAUACGAGGGCGAUUUGCUGAACGAGGACGAAGUCCUCGAAUGGUUGAUAGAACAAAAGAACAGCGCCACUAUCGAAGAGGUCACUGAUGAGAUACUAACGGAUCUCAUAGAAGAGCAUGAAUAUGUUGUGGUAUAUUUCAGUGGAAGUUGCGACGAAGGAGAAAAAUGUGAUAGUAUUCUCGACGAUUUGGAAAAUAUUGAUGACGAGCUGGAUGAAACGGGCAUUAUAUUCGUUACGACCGAAGACACCAUCAUAGCAAAAAAGUAUGGUAUCAAGCAUUUCCCAACCCUUGCGUUUUUCCGAAAUAAGGAUCCGCUGAUUUAUACUGGCGAUCUCGACGACGAAGACGAGGUGCUGUCUUGGAUCACAGACGAGGACACUUUAGAGAUACCAGGAAAAAUCGAGGAAGUCAAUGCUAAAAUGUUGGAAAAUAUUCUCGACGAGAAUGAUUACGUCGUCGUCUUUUUCUACAAAGAGGGCGAUAAGAAGAGCCAGAAGAUCCUCCAGGAGCUCGAGAAUAUUGAUGACGAAUGUGAAGAAAAAGAAAUCGACUUUGUAAAGAUCUCCGACGAGGGAAUUGAGAAGGAAUACGAUCUUCCGGGAUUACCGGCGUUGGCAUUCUAUAGACACAAGUUUCGACAGAUCUAUUCCGGCGACAUGAUGCACGAAGAAGAAAUCUUGGAAUGGGUCCUCGAGCUUCGCACAACAACGCCGGAUGUUAUCGAGAGCGUCGAUAGAAAAACAUUGCAAGUACUCAUCAACGAUGUCGAACAUCUUGCCGUGUUUUUUUACGACGACAGUGAAACUUGUACAGAGAUUCUCAAGGAGUUAGAAACGAUUGACGAUGAUACUGACAAACACGGUAUUCAAUUUGUCAAAUCGAACGACGCUAAACUGGCGGCUGAAAUCGGCGUUUUCUCCUUCCCGGCUCUCGUUUACUACGAGACCGGAGUCCCCAUCAUGUACGACGGUAAUCUUCUCGACGAGACUGAAGUACUCGAAUGGAUGGUGAAACAGAAAACUGAUGAAAGCAUUGAAGAAAUUGAUCGUGAGACUCUUCUCAAAUACAUCGAGACAAAAGAAUUUCUCGCUGUCACAUUCUACAACGAAGAAGAUCCAGAGAGUCCAAGAGUGCUUAGGCAUAUUGAAUUAAUUGACGACGAGGCUGCAGAAUACGGAAUAAAGAUUGUCAGAAUGAAGGAUCGAUUAAUGGCGAAAAAAUACGGUUUUCGAAAUCCACCCGGUAUCACUUACUUCCGCAAGGGUAAGAACAUCAAUUAUGACGGUGACAUUGAUGACGAGGAAGAAAUCCUUGACUGGUUGACCAAUCCGGAAAAUAUGGAACUCACCGAUCAUAUUGAACGCAUCAACAAGAAAAUGUUUCAGAAAGUUCGACAAACGACUGAUUAUUUAGCCGUAUUUUUUUACAGCAACGACUGCAAACAAUGCGGCCGAGUAUUAGCGGAAAUUGAACAUAUCGAUGACGAGGCCGACAGUGUCGGUAUUAAAUUCGUCAAAAUCGAUGACAAACAAUUAUCUAAGCAUUACGGUGUUUUCGCGUUACCCGCUAUACUGUUUUUCAAGAUGGGAUCGAAGGAACCAGUUAUAUACGCAGGUGAUCUGUACGACGAGGAGCAAAUUUUGCAAUGGUUAAUGACGCAAAAGGAUCCAUCGGGUGAAGUAAUCGAAGCUUUGGAAGGCGAGGACCUUUUAAAUUUGAUACGAGAAUCAGAAUCUUUAGCUGUAUAUUUCUAUCCCGACGAUUGUGCGCAAUGCGUGGCAAUACUUGAGGAAUUGGAGAAUAUUGAUGAUGACUGCGACAGGCAUGGCAUCACAUUUAUAAAAACGCAAGAUUUUAAAGUUGCUGAAGAUUAUGGGGUGACAGAUUUACCAGUAUUAGUCUAUUUCGAAAAUCAAGUACCAAAUGUGUUCGAAGGCGAUCUCUCUGUGGAAGAAGAAGUGUUACAAUGGUUGAUCACACAAAGAACAGAAGAUCGGAUUGAACUGAUCACACGAGGGAUGUUAGAAACGUCUGUUGAAGAGACUCAAUAUUUAGCGGUUUACUUCACCAAACAAAAUUGUCAUAUAUGCGACGAGAUUUUAGAGGGCUUAGAAAAGAUUGAUGACGAAUGCGACGUAUUUGGGAUUCAUUUGGUAAAAAUUCAUGAUACACAGUUGGCAAAGCGAUAUUCGAUCAAGACGUUCCCAGCUCUCGUCUAUUUUCGAAACGGCAACCCUCUUCUCUUUGAAGGGGAUCUCCAAAACGAAGAAUCCGUCCUUGAGUGGUUGAUCGACGAUGACAAUCGUGAACUAGCCGAUGAGAUAGAAUCUGUCAACGAUAGAAUGCUAGAGAGACUUCUCGACGAAUCUCCUUUCUUAGCCGUUUUCUUUUAUGACGAAGAUUGUCCAGAAUGUGAUGAAAUUAUGGAAGCAUUAGAGAAAAUCGACGGUGAAGCUGAUCUUUUCGGUAUCGACUUUGUUAAGAUUUCCAGUUCAGAAGCAGCUGAAAAAUAUGGCAUUCUCAAUGUUCCGUCCCUUGUGUAUUUUCGAAAGAAAACACCACUCGUAUAUGAUGGUGAUCUCAUGCAAGAAGAUAAGAUCCUGCAAUGGCUUACUUCUCAAGAUGUGUUUGAAAUUAAGAAUGAGAUCGUGGAAGUUAACAAAAAGAUGCUAGACAAAUUAUUGGACGAGAAUGAAUUUCUUGCGGUCUUCUUUUAUGAACAUGACAGCCAAGAAAGCGAGGAAGUGAACGAGAAACUGGAAGAAAUUGAUGGCGAAACCGAUAAUUUGGAUAUUACAUUUAUCAAAAUGGCAGAUUCCAGAUACGCUAGGAAAUGGGGAGUUACCAAACUUCCAGCAAUUGUUUAUUUUCGCAAACGAUUCCCUAGUAUCUACAGAGGUGAUUUGCAUAAAGAGUUGGAAAUUCUUGAGUGGUUACGUAAGAAUAGGUAUCGACAGCCGGAACUGAACAUCUAUAUGUACAUGCUAAUUGCUAUUACCAUCCUCUUUCUCAUGUACACUGGUUUUCUCCUAUCGUGUUUCCGCUCGGAGCCGACCGUGCCCGUCACGCAUCCCAAACAAGCGUGAAUGCACAAAUAUGUGUGUGUGUAUGUGUACUUGUGUGUAUGUGUGACAAAGUAAAAAACAGGACUCGUGAACUUUUGCGCCUAUGUGUUAUCAGGUAUGUGUUAUUCUUAAUACUUUCUCUGAUUCCCAUAAUGAUUAUGUGAGAAUAAGUUCAUUCGGAACAAACGAUUUAACAGCGUUCUAUACGACAAGUAACGAUGAUCGCUAAAAUGGAAAAAAAAAACAAAAGUGUUCUGUCCGCGACCUCGUCGGAUCACUGUUAAACGUUAAAUAAUACUGCGUGAAAGAGAGGAAGAGAAUGUGUCUAUUGAAUUUUGUCGUGGUACUUUGAAUCAAAAAGUAUGUAUCGCGAACUACAAGUUUCAUGUCUCUCGAAUAUUGUAGAGUGCAAGUUCAUCAGUCGAGGUGAAAAAUAAUUUUAAUAGACAUCAAUACUACUACAUUCUUCGUCCCAGAAAAAAGAUAUGAGCGAUUAAUAUAUUUAUAUUAUUAAAAGAUAAUAUAUAACAUGUAAUUUUAUAUAAGGUACCUGAGCCGAAUAAGGCCCACGUAACUUCUUUUAUUUUAUAAAAAUUCUAUUUAUAAGGAUAUUGACAUAAAUUAAGUGAAAAUAAAUUCUUUAUUUUAAUCACGAAAGUAAAAUAUAUCUUCUAUGUAUAUAAAAUAUUUGUAAAUAAACAAAAAAGAUUUUGUUUGAAACUCUGACAUCGGGCCUUAUUAUAUGCUUAUGAAUAGGUAUAGUUUUUCGGGGAGAGGGAUUCUAGAUAUUUUCUGAGUAUCAAGACUAUCAAUAAUUAAACUGUAAAAAAUCGAAAAAAUCACACUACUAGUAAACAGCGAUCUGAUAGACCGGUAUGUUUUCGCUAACUUAUUAUAAGUUUUUAUAAUCAUAAAAAUGUAUAUUUUCAAUUAUUCUGAAUAUUUAUAAAUUGGAAAGUUAAAAAAAGAUGUUUUAACGUAAAGGUUAGCAAAAAAUCUCAUAUAUGUGAUAUGUAAGGCUCGGACGUUUGGACACAAUCCUGGACUGCGAGCAGAGAACCGCUGCGUACGAGUGAGUUGGGAUUAGAUCGGAUGUAGUCGGCCAGCAUCGGGUCUCCUCGAAAAAUGUCGUUGUCUCACUUCAAGGAAUAUCCAACUCACUCGCACGCAGCGGCUCUUCGCACGCAGCUCAAGAUCGUGCCCAAACGUCCAGGUUCUAGUGAUGUGUUUAAAGUCUACAGAACUUUAUCUGCUAUAUUUCAAAAACAGUCAAAAAUAAUAAAAAAUUACAAAAUAUGUGUUUUAUUUUUUCAAGGGGCUAUUUGUUAAGGGGGAGAUUAGCCCUCUUACAAGAUGUCCUAGGAGAACCUAAAUUACAAUAUUUCAAGUAGAAUUCUCCAUAUUGUAAUAUAUUAUUUUUAAAAAACAUAAAAAAUUGUUAGUAUAAAGCGGAGGUUGAUCCGUUUGGGAAUUUUUCAAAGUCUGAAAAAGACCAAUUUUCAAAAAAAUCCUAUUUCAUCAUUACUUUAAUUCAAAAAAUAUUAAAAAUUCUAAAAGAUGGUUGAAGAAAGUUGAAUCAUAUAAAAUUUCCUAGCAUUAAAAUAUAAGAUUAUAUCAGUCAAUAAGAGUUCAAAUUGUGCAAAUGAAGACGUAGAUAAAGAAAUACAUGCAUGCUCAAUACUGUAAAAAAAUAACGUAAAUGGUACAUCCCAGUCUGUGAGACUGUUACAAUAUUUCAACCGUUUUAUAUUACACGUUACCAGUGAAUGAUAAUGGGACCACUACAGUGUUUGGUGGGACAGAUAGCAUAUGAAGGUUCUAUGAGUUUAAAGCUCCUCUUACGGAUGUCAAGGAAAAUGAUAAGUAAAGUUUUAAUAGCGGUAUGUAAAACCGACAUUAUAAUUUAAAAGUUUAACUACUCCUCAAUUUAAUAAUAUUAUGCGUUUGCGCGUAUUUCGGCACCAUGCAAUAACUGAGUUUCAAGUUUACCGAAUAUGCGACAGCUUGCAUAAGCCAGAGAUUGUGAAAAUUAUUAUUCAUUAUUAACAAUAAGAUUCAAUGUAGCCGAUGUAAACCAUCUCAUUUUAUUUGAUUUAUGAAUAUAAUAAGGCCCGAAUUCAAAAUAAAUUAAAAAUAACAAAGGAA